CGAGCGAAGGGAAAACAAGAGGAAGAAGCCGCGCUGCGUAAAAAGACGCACGAGGAAGACGCGCGGAGAAACGGAUCUAUGAGAGGAGAAGGAACAAUGACGCCGCGAACUGUAGAGGAGAGGUGAUACAAUGAUUUGAAAAUCACUUCCUUUUUUUUAUUUUGGGGUGUGGGCGAUCAGUGAAGACGACUGCUGCUGCUGCUGCGCGCGUUUGGAACCAAACGGAGUUCAGACGCGUCUGGAGUCUGGAGAAGUCACUUCCUUCAUGAGCCCACAUGCUGCUGAUCUGCUGCUGCUGCCUCAAGAUGGCAGGAGGUGAUGGUAGAUAGCUGAGAGAAAAACAGUCACCCCUUCAAGACAGAAAAUCUUCAUUUGGGACUGAAAUAGUAAACAGGGAACAGUCCCCACACUUUUCCAGUUGAUUGAUAGACUUUUUACGACACGAACAAUGGCGUCCUACACCCCGGCCCCGACACAAGAGGCCACAAACGGCGGCCCCCCGUCCGUGAAGACUGAGGGCUCCGAAGAGUCCAUGAAGCUGAAGAAGGAGAUCUCCCUCCUGAACGGGGUCUGCCUGAUCGUGGGCAACAUGAUCGGCUCGGGGAUCUUCGUCUCGCCCAAGGGUGUCCUCAUCCACAGCGCCUCCUACGGCCUCUCCCUGGUGGUGUGGACCGUCGGCGGGAUCUUCUCCGUGUUCGGGGCCCUGUGCUACGCCGAGCUGGGGACCACCAUCACCAAGUCGGGGGCCUCCUACGCGUACAUCCUGGAGGCCUUUGGCCCUUUCCUGGCCUUCAUCCGCCUGUGGACGUCGCUGCUCAUCAUCGAGCCGACCAGCCAGGCCGUCAUAGCCAUCACGUUCUCCAACUACAUGGUGCAGCCCGUUUUCCCCACCUGCAUCGCUCCUUACGUGGCCAACAGGCUGCUGGCUGCCGCCUGUAUAUGUUUGCUGACCUUUGUGAACUGUGCCUAUGUGAAGUGGGGCACCAGGGUCCAGGAUUUCUUCACCUACGCCAAAGUCAUCGCUCUCAUCGCCGUCAUCAUCACUGGCCUGGUGAAGCUCGGACAAGGUCACACUCAGAACUUCGAGGGCCUUUUCGACGGCUCGUCCCGGGACCCGGGGGACCUCGCUCUGGCUCUGUACUCGGCUCUGUUCUCCUACUCCGGAUGGGACACCCUCAACUUUGUCACGGAGGAGAUUCAAAACCCAGAGAGGAACCUGCCCCUGGCGAUUGCCAUCUCCAUGCCCAUAGUGACCGUGAUCUACAUCCUGACCAAUGUGGCGUACUACGCCAUCCUCCCCAUGAACGCAAUCUUAGACAGCGACGCCGUGGCUGUGACGUUUGCGGACCAGGUGUUCGGCGUGAUGAACUGGACCAUUCCCUUCGCCGUGGCCCUCUCCUGCUUCGGAGGACUCAACGCCUCCAUCCUGGCCUCCUCCAGAUUGUUCUUCGUGGGCUCCAGAGAGGGCCACCUCCCCGACUACCUGUGCAUGAUCCAUGUCUUCCGCUACACUCCCGUCCCCGCCCUGCUCUUCAAUGGCGUCAUGGCUCUAAUUUACCUGUGUGUAGAAGAUGUCUUCAGGUUGAUAAACUACUACAGCUUCAGCUACUGGUUCUUCGUGGGUCUGUCCAUUCUGGGCCAACUGUACCUGCGGUGGAAGCAGCCGGACAGGAAGAGACCCCUAAAGCUCAGUCUCGUCUACCCCAUCAUCUUCUGCCUCCUCACCGUCUUCCUGGUGGUGGUGCCGCUCUACAGUGACACCAUCAACUCCCUGAUCGGCAUUGGCAUCGCCCUGUCGGGAGUGCCCGUGUACUUCCUCUGCUGCUACACUCCAGCCAAUAAGAGGCCGCUGUGGCUACGGCGCUUCAUCGCUAAAUCGGGCGUGCUGAUUCAGAAGGUAUGCUACUCUGUUCUGACUGAAAUGGACAAGUCAGAGUAAACGCUUGGUUUUUACAACACCCCAACUGAGGCCCAACUUGGAACUCAUCUUGGCCAGUCACUGCCGCCCGCCGCACGGCCUCCACGGACAAAACACUCCAGGUCCAGAGCUGGACCCAGCUCUUUGACCUGUCAAUCAUCACCCGGUGAUAAUGUGAACGAAUGAAGGCACCAGGGUGCUUGAUGGCAAGAUUUCACUCUAGUUGUGGCUUCAGGGAGAACAAUCAAAUGCUCCCCUGAAGAAGAAAUUAUAUCCUGUUUCUACUAUAGAGCAGUCGAGAUUUUUUUUAUUAUUAUUAUUGAUAUAUCAUGUGUCUUGUGUGAAAAUAUACAUACAUUUAAAUACCUUUCUGAUCUUAGAGGAAGGUGACAAACGAGGUUUAAUUGUUCAAGGAGACCGUCCCUGAAACUGACCAUAGAAACAGCCUAGGUAUUGUUAUUAAUAUCAUCUGCAAAGGAGUAUAGAUUCACCGUGGAGGGAAAAGCUCAUAUCAGGUUUUAUACUGUCAUCUGUGACAAGAAGUAAAGGGCUAUUUUUACGCAAAGAAACUUUUUUUUCCAAUCAUGAGCUGUUGAAUGUUAAGUUUGAGACCUUUGAGCUGAAAACAUGUAUUUAUAAUAAACUUGUGGACAACAUAAAUUA